AUGCCGAGCCGCCGACCUGUGCCUUCACUGCAGCUGAAGAAAUCGGCCCUGGGUUGGCCCGGCUUCUGGUUCCGGCAGAAGGAGGUGAAGCAUGUGGUCUUCAAGGUGCCGCUCGAUCCCCUCCCCCAGAGUCCCAAGCGGCGGUCUUUUGCUGCCGCACGGGAACCCUACCCGCCGGGGGAGGCGCCGGACUACACGGCUCUCCUCUCCGACGAUCUCCUCCUCCGGAUUCUCUCCCACCUCCCGCCGACGGCACGAGACUCCGCCUGCCUCGUCUCCAGAAGAUGGCUCCGCAUCCUCGGCCGGAUCCGACGGUCCCUCACCCUCCUUGACUGGUCGUUCCUCGAUUCCCCCUCCCGGCUAGUUGCGCGCUUCCCUGCUCUCACGGAUGUGGACCUCGUGCCGGCGUCCAUCAGCCCGCCAGUUCCCUCGUCUGGGGUCCUCCUCACCAGCGGUCCCAUCUCCGUCCAGCCGGACCUUGAAUUCGAGUCCUCCAGCGCGAUGUCACAGUUCCUGCCGGCCGACACGGUGGAUCGUGGACUGGAGAUCCUGGCCCGGGGAUGCCCCAACCUGAGAAAACUCUCUCUGGUUGCUGUUGCGUCAGAGUUAGCCCUUAUGAAGGUGGCCGACGAAUGCUCUACGCUGCAGGAGCUUGAGCUUCAUCGUUGCACAGAUAUGUCACUACGCGCGAUAUCCGCGUUCAGUAACCUCCAGAUCCUGAAGCUGGUUGGAUCAGUAGAAGGUCUCUACCCUGGAGUUGGGGUGACUGAUGUUGGACUGACGAUAUUGGCACACGGCUGCAAACGCUUGGUGAAGCUGGAGCUGAGCAGAUGCGAGGGCAGCUACGACGGAAUCACUGCCAUCGGGAAGUGCUGUGUGAUGCUGGAGGAGCUGACCAUACGUGAUCACCGAAUGGAUGCAGGAUGGAUGGGCGGGCUGUCAUUUUGUGGAAAUCUCAAGACCCUGAGGCUACUGGCUUGCCGGCGGAUAGACGAAGAUCCAGGGAACACAGAUCACCUGGGUUCAUGUCCAGCUAUUGAGCGGCUGCACUUGCAGAGGUGUCAACUCAGGGACAAGAGGACCCUGAGCGCUUUGCUUGUUAUGUGCGAGCAUGUGAGGGAGAUAAUAUUCCAGGACUGUUGGGGACUGGACAACGACAUGUUUGGCACCACCAGCAUUUGCAGGUAUCCUUCAUUACGACGACUUUUGCUUUUACAUUUAAUUUUUGUUUUGUGGGUCGGUUCGGAUUCCAUUUUCUUGCUCUCUUUUCUCUAG